AGUGAGAGAGAGACCGAGGAGCAGCAGCAGCAGACGCGCUCGCUCGCGCUUCCCAGCGCUCGGUCGGUAUGUCUCAACGCGUUCUCCGUGCAUUAAUAUAAUAUAACCACAUGCAGGCUAACUUGAUCCGCGUCAACGACAGCGUUGCGCACUGCAUGCAAACAUGGACGAGUCGUCUCUGCUGGAUCUGCUGGAGUGUUCGGUGUGUCUGGAGCGCCUGGACACGAGCGCUAAAGUCCUGCCUUGUCAGCACACCUUCUGCCGCCGCUGCCUCGAGAACAUCGUGAGCUCCAGACACGAGCUGCGCUGCCCGGAGUGCCGCAUCCUAGUGGACUCCGCGGUCGACGAUCUACCGGCCAAUAUUCUGCUGGUCCGCUUACUGGACGGGAUUAAACAGCGCCCAAAGAACGGGGGAGGGAGGACGGGGCUCGCGGGAUGCGCGGCCGGAGUAUCGGCGUCUCCCCCGGGCACAACUGUGCGGGACCUGCCCGUCUCCACACGCAACUCCCCGGUCAAGAACAUCCCUCAGCUGCCGUGUGGGAAAGCGCUGUACAGCUACGAGGGCAAAGAGCCGGGCGACCUGAAGUUCAGCAAAGGUGACAUCAUCAUCCUGCGCCGGAAGGUGGACGAGAACUGGUUCCACGGGGAGCUGAACGGGAGCCACGGGUUUCUGCCGGCGAGCUACAUCCAGUGCAUCCGCCCGCUGUCCCAGACGCCUCCGCAGGGAAAAGCUCUCUACGACUUCCAGGUCAAAGACAAAGACCAGGACAAAGACUGUCUGACCUUCACUAAGGACGAGGUUCUGACCGUGAUCCGGAGAGUGGACGAUAACUGGGCAGAAGGCAUGCUGGGAGAUAAGAUUGGGAUUUUUCCUAUCCUAUAUGUUGAGCUGAAUGAAGCGGCGAAGCAGCUGAUGGAAAUGGACAAGGCGUCCCCGAUCCCGGGCCCGAGCGCAGAUCCCGGUUCUCCCGCCGCCGUCAGCUGUAACGGGAACGUCCACCGGCGCGCGGAGGGGAAGAAGAACGCGAAGAAGCGUCACUCGUUCACGGCGCUCAGCGUGACCCAGCGCUCGGCUCAGGUGUUCGGGAACAACAGACACUCCAUGGAGAUCAGCGCUCCGGUUCUCAUCAGCUCCUCAGACCCACGAGCAGCGGCACGCAUCACUGACUGCCCACACACACACCUGUCCUCCAGCGCGCCCGCGUCACAGGACUCCUCGAUCUCUGCGUCUGCUGUUCCUCCUCGCGUCACGUCUUCAGCCGGAGAACUUCUCGCCGCCGCUAAAGUCCAGCUGCCUCUCAACAUCUAUCUGGCCAUGUACGCGUACAAACCGCAGAAGGCGGACGAGCUGGAGCUGCGCAAGAGCGAGAUGUACCGCGUCACGGAGAAGUGUCAGGACGGGUGGUUCAAAGGAACGUCACUGCGCUCCGGAGCGUCGGGAGUUUUCCCGGGAAACUACGUCACGCCCGUCUCCAGGGCCCCGUUUGCAGUCGGUCAGACGCGCUCGUGUCUCCCAGGAUCGGCUCAGUCGAAGGUGGCUCCUGGAUCCCCGGGCUCCGCCGGCCCCUCGAGUCCCGUCCUGAUGUCCUCGGCGUCUCGCUCCGGCUCGCCGCUCUCCAGCCCGUCGUCUCCACACAUGAAGAACUGUCUGCGCUUGUCCAGUCAGCAAACUGUCAAUCAAGCGCGCGCCGCCAUGCAGCUCGUCCACAGUCCUCCGGCGAGCAGCAGCCCUGAGCGACCCACGGCAUCCGUGACCCCUCUGCGACCCCAGGCCAGCCCGUCCCGCCCCCCCUCUCGACCCCUGUCGAUGGUGGCGACCCCUCAGGUGCACCCGCUCUCUCCUAACCCGAACUCUGCUCGACUCCUCAUGAGCUCCGCCUCCUCCGCCAUCACACCGCCCAACGUCACCGCGGCUCAUCUGAACGCCGGAGACGCUCCACACGCUCACGGACUCCACAAACUCCAGGACAAGAAGGUGGAGAAGAAGGAGAAGAAGAGCAGUGGCCUCCUCAAGCUGCUUUCCGGAGCGGCAGCCAAAAAGAAGUCCCGCUCGCCGCCGUCGGUGUCUCCCACACACGACCCCUCCUCUUCCUCGUCCUCGUCCUCCUCAUCUUCAUCCGUACGGGGAGCCAUGGCCCCGGAGCUGCGGGCCGGGUCCUGUCCCGUGGAGAGCGAGAUGCAGGGAGCCAUGGGCCUGGAGCCGCUGCACAGAAAGAGUGGCUCACUGGAUCUCAACUUCUCUGUGUCUCCACCAACACGACAGGCCUGUUCCUCAUCCUCACCGCUGGCCAUCAGGCCCGAACCCAAGCCAUUAUCCCGAGAGAGGUUUCGUGUGCUCGUCCCGUAUCCGCCUCAGAGUGAAGCCGAGAUUGAGCUGAAGGAGGGCGACGUCGUGUUCGUGCACAAGAAACGUGAAGACGGCUGGUACAAGGGAACGCUCCAGCGCACCGGUCGAACGGGCCUGUUCCCCGGCAGCUUCGUGGAGAGUUUCUAGAGGACAAACACCAGCUGACAAGCUCUGAAUCACGGGAUCGUCCCGAAGAAAGACACACACUCAUGAAGACGAGCACAAGAACACAAGAACACAAGAACGAGCAUCUUUACUGCCAUCGUCCUCAUACAUCUGCUAGGAAGCCCUUUCAGAUGAUAGAUGUGCUCUUCUGGAGGAGCGAGCGAGUGUGUGUGUGUGUGUGUGUGUGUGUGGAUCACAUCCUCAUCAAAUCGCUUUUAUUUCCUCCUUGAAUCAGCAGAUCUGAAUGAUAACGACACAACGAGGAUGUAAUCGACAGUGAUAUCCGAUGAAUGUAGUGAUGAAGCUCAUCAAACCUGUCAUAUUUCACACCAAAAUCAAC